GCGGGCAGAAGGCGGGACUUUACAUAUGACAGCCAAUGCCGUAUCACGUUUGUAAUACGUAACUUAGCUUUAGUCACAUCCGGUUGUGCACUUUGAGGUCCGCUCAGGUUUUUACUUUGAGCCUGGCUCUCGGUCUCCAGGAUGUACGGAUUCUUUCGGGUGCUGUUGCAGGUGCUAUCGGCCCAGCUGCUCUGCGUGUGGGUGCUGGGCUCCGAGCUAACUUUUGAGCUCCCAGACAACGCCAAGCAGUGUUUCUACGAAGACAUCAUCAUCGGCACCAAGUGUACACUGGAAUUCCAGGUGGUUACUGGUGGCCAUUAUGAUGUGGACUGUCGUUUGGAGGACCCUGAAGGCACUACACUCUACAAAGAGAUGAAGAAGCAAUAUGACAGCUUCACCUUCACAGCAGCCAAGAAUGGCACCUACAAGUUCUGCUUCAGCAACGAAUUCUCCACCUUUACACACAAGACUGUGUACUUUGACUUCCAGGUUGGCGAUGACCCCCCACUCUUCCCAAAUGAGAACAGAGUCACUGCUCUCACUCAGAUGGAAUCAGCUUGCGUGUCGAUUCAUGAGGCCCUGAAGUCGGUCAUCGACUACCAGACUCACUUCCGCCUUCGUGAGGCACAGGGACGCAGUCGGGCAGAGGACCUCAACACCCGUGUUGCCUUCUGGUCCAUCGGCGAGGCCGUUAUACUUCUGGUGGUCAGCAUUAGUCAGGUGGUCUUGCUGAGAAGCUUCUUCUCUGACAGGAAGACUACUACAACACGCGUUGGAUCGUAACAGGCUCUGAUCCUCGGGAUUUGAAUCACCACUUUCUUUAUCCGUAUCUGGACACCUGGAUCUGUGCAUAGAGUAGGUUAAAACAUCAGUGCUGAUAUUGGAUCAUAUCAAACUGCUAGAUCGUACAAUCUGACAGGUCAUCCAUAUUCAGCCCUGAUUUUCUUACAAACGUUAUGCUAACUAGUCCUGAAGGUUUAAGGUUAUGUAUGUUUUAAAAUAUUUUUGCAGGGUAAGAUGUAAACCUAAAGAAAUACUUGUAGCCUGCAUUUGAGGCCGUUCAGGGUCGUACAGUUAAAGCUGUCCCUAAAAUAUUUGAACUCAUUUCAAAAUGUGUUCUUCAUUGUAUUUGUUAUUUUCUGACCGUAAUUUCAAAUGCUAUUUCCCUGAUCUCAUCCAAUUUUGAUGCUGAACUGUACGCUGUCAUAAGAGUGGAAUUUUAACUAAAUGUACUCAUUCAAGGUUUGUUUUGUUUGUCUUUACAUUUUGGACAUUGGGUCUCUAAAACCACACAUGUCCAGUGAAAUUAAACCCCACAAAGGUUGCAUUUGGUUAUGAAAAAAGUUUUUUUCUUAUUAAACCUUGCUGUGUUAUGUGAGAGUAGAUGUUGUGUUUUUAUAAGCUUUGUCAUUUACUUUUUGCUGAAGGCUUGAAUACUUUAUUUGUCCUUGUUACGCUUGAUUUUGAACAUAGUUGGGUGAAUUAGCUCAUUGUAAAUGUUAUUGUUAGUGUGACAAUGUUGAAGGCAAAAGAAAAUUCUUACAUUAUUCUGGAAAUGACACGUUUUGUGUUAGCCAGCAAUUCUAAGUGCACCAUGUCCUGCACUGGUUCCCUUGCAAUGUCAUAGCAAGUUUUUCCUUUGCUGUUCAAAGUGUAGCAACUUAUUUAUCAUGUGGGCUGAUAUGGCUAUUCUGGUUUCAUACAGCACUGUUGUAAUAUUCAUGUUUUGCAAAAAAUGCUUGAUUAUAAGUUUGUUCCAGUAA